CACUACCUGUUGCGCAUGCGUCGUGCAGAGGACCAGGUGGCCCAAUCAGGUAUUUUAACCCACGCCGGGCACGCGCAGCGCGACUUCCAGAAGAUGGCGACCGCCCUGCUGUUGUCAACUUCCCUUCCUGCUAACCCUGAAAAGGAAACCUGUGAAACGAUCAUUCCAAAGAUUCUGAGUCCCGAGUCGUGCAUCAAGCAUCCACUACAAAACAAGUGGGCUCUCUGGUUUUUCAAGAACGACAAGAGCAAAACGUGGCAGGCCAACCUCCGCCUCAUCUCCAAGUUUGACACGGUGGAGGACUUCUGGGCAUUGUACAAUCACAUUCAGCUGUCCAGUAACCUGAUGUCUGGCUGUGACUACUCCCUGUUCAAGGAUGGGAUCGAGCCCAUGUGGGAGGAUGCGAGGAACCGCCGAGGAGGCCGCUGGCUGAUCACGCUGUCGAAGCAGCAGCGGCGAGCGGACCUGGAUCGCUUCUGGCUGGAGACGCUCUUGUGUCUCGUGGGCGAAGCGUUCGACGAGCACAGCGACGACGUGUGCGGCGCCGUCAUCAACGUCCGGGCCAAAGGGGACAAGAUAGCGGUCUGGACCACAGAAUACGAGAACAAAGAAGCCAUCACACACAUAGGGCGUGUGUAUAAAGAGAGACUCGGCGUGCCGCAGAAAGUGAUCAUCGGGUACCAGUCGCACGCCGACACGGCCACGAAGAGCGGCUCCACCACCAAGAACAAGUUCAUCGCCUGAGGAGCCAUCUUGAUGUUUCUCUUGUGGUUGCUGUUGUCUCACCCCUGCGCUGUUUUCUUUUGUGUUGGGCUGAAGAUUUGUAAAAGGUGUUUUGAUGCCCAGAUUUAAUUUUCAGAUGCAGCAGUUUGUGUAGAAUUGAUUUAAAUUAAUUUUCUCGUAACUCACUAUCAUUUAAAAGGUUUGGUGUAAACUGAAGUUCUGAAAUGCCAUUUAGGCAAAAGUAUUCAUUACGUUGUUUGGAAGUUUUAACCAUACUUUAUUUAACCCCAUCUUCCCAAAAUGAACAGAACCAUCACAACAAGUUGAACAUUUUCAGCAGACUGAAGUUUAAAAAUGUUUUUUCUUUGUUUUUCAGUUUUACAAAUGAUUAAAAAGUCAAAUUGGAGCUCUUGUAUCAUAACUGUUUAGUUGUUAAGCUGCUUGUGCACAAUGUGAUGUGUUAAGGUUUGAUAUGAAUAUGUUUACAAUUCUGAAGAGCAGGGAAUUUAUUUUAAAUAAACGAAUGGUGCUUCUUAACUAUUGCCCAAGUAUUUGAAUUCGUCAAGUUCACAGCAAAAGGACGUGGAAGCGUUUGAUGGAGUAAACUCUGUAUGAUUAUUUUCUUUUUCAGAAAUUGUUUAGUUUGUGGCAAAAGUAAAAAGCCAAUUGUUUGGAUGUAAUUUUGACUUUGAAUGUAACACAAUACCCCUUAACUCCCUCACUGAAUGGACAUGAGUGAUGUAAAUAAAGUGUACAG